AUGGCGUGGCGCCAGGUCUUCGCUGCACGGGGUCUAGGCGUGGGAUGGAGGUCAAAUAUUCAGACUCGAGGAACCAAGCUUCAAUUGCUCGAGUUUCGGCCCACUCCCGAGUCUGCAAAGGCGCUCGAGAAUGAUGCUGACUGGGCUCAGUUUCAGGCGAGCCCCGAGCCCGUCUGGACCCGCAUUGUCGUGCCUCACCUCGACAAGGAGGGGUGGUGCCUGCUCCAUCCAACGGCUUGCACAACGUCUGAUUUGGAAUUAAACGGCGCUGCUUUUUCAGAGAGCCCUGCCAACAGGAGAACACCCUGGACAGUGACCCCCCUCCCCACGCCUUCUGCCGCUUCUGUGGCGCCCACCCCCUCUUUGGACUCGGCCGACGUUGAUCUCGAUGUAAACGGCCUAAACCUGGGCACUACGCCAUCAAAUGAUGCCCACCUUGAGCCCCCAAGCGUCGCCUCUCACCAAAGUGUUGAUGAUGGCCUACCAGCUGUACCAGUGGCAGAUUCGAAGACGCCGGAAGAAGCGUCGGUGAAUGUUGAUGAUGUUUUCGCUCCGCAGCAGGGGCCGGCUGGACUUGACACCAAUUUUCUCCAAGCCACCGCAGAUCUCGUGGAACAAAGCCCUGCUCCGGCAACACCCUCGCAUCAUACCUCCACGGAGCCCACGCCUCGUUUUCGACACCCCAAGCCAGACCGCGCACCGCACUUUCAGCCCGAGGCCAUUGCUCCCAACGACGCCCUAGCGCAACGUGUGGAUGAGCUUUUACUGCACGAUCAAGCCCCGGCAUCAACCAUCCUGGCCCAGGCUGUGCACGGACUGGAUAGCGAGCGCUUCGUCAUGCUCGUUCUCUUCUGGGCCAAACAUUUGCUCGCCCGCGACCUCAUUCAGCAGGUGCCACGCCCAACCCCCUGGUUACAGCGUUUGGCUUACGAGGCCACGAGACUGCCACAGGAGUUUCUGCGCACGACAGUCUUGGAUCAGCUCUUUCAGAUCGAUGAGCGUCACAUGUCCGUCAGCCUGGAGGAUCGAGCCAUUCGUCGAGUCCGUCGCGUGCUCACCCAGUCACAGCCCUUGCAACUUCUCGCUACGCGCGUGGUCGAGACCGUCAGUGCAUCAGCCGACGAAGACCUUGAGCCCGAGGAGUUGCAGGCGGCUGCGCGAACGUUGCGCAUCGCGCUGACUUUCAACAUCAACACCCCAGCUGAAUGUGCACGCAUUGUGCGUGCGCUACAGUCCUCAAACCCGGCUCUGUUGCUGCCAGCUACCAAGCGCGACUUGGCACUUCUCGGCCCAGCCGCCUUUUGUAGUCUUAGCGCUCAUGACGUCUUGCUCCAAGCCUCACACGUGGAUGUGGCCGCUCGAUCCUACGGUCAUCGCUCUUUCGCCGGCGAUGCAGCGCUGUGGCUCUUUCCACACUUGCGCCCGGCCUUCAUCAAGGCGAAUCCCAAGUCGUUGGUCGGUGUUGCCAUGUCUUUGGCCAUGGCCAGUCAGUUGCCCGCAAGCACAGCACAGGCAAUGCGCCAGCUUUUGAGUCAGUUGGACAACGAGGUUUUUGCCGAGCUGAGCAACCAUGAAGUAGCCCUGCUAAUGUGGGCGUUGGGUGUGCAUGCUGAUCAGAUACAGCCGUUGUCUGCUGACGUGGUCCACAGCGUGUGCGACCGCGUUACAAAAAACAUCAAGACCAUGUGGCGCAACGACUUGGCCCACCUUUUGUGGUCGUUUGAGCGUCUCAACGUGAUGGCCGAGAUGGGCACGCAACUGCACAAUCAGAUUAAUGUUCUGGCCUCCCAGCCCGCCGGGGUCCGCAAUGCGGCUGUACUGGUGACAUCUUUCUGUCCCUUACACGUCAUCUCGCGCCAGCGCGUUUCGGGUUAUGCGGAAGCCCUGGGUCGCGUGACUGGUCGCGUGCGUGGCAGCCCAGCCAAUACAGAGGGCCUCAAACGGUUCCUUACUCAAGUUGACACAGCUCGCAAGGUGCGCCGUCUCGAAUAUCUGCAAAAACGGCAAGGAGAAGAGGCAGUCGCACAAGGCGGCAAGCCACCGCGCACCAAGCUGGAGGAGAUUGUUUUGGAACGCAAUGCCGUCCUUACCUUGAUGGGCAAUAACAUUGACAAGAGCUCUGCCAGCGAUGAGACGAAGAGCAAGUUGCUGAGCAUGUUGAGCACAGCCUGGCGUGCUAGUUGGCACGAGUGCUGCUUUGACGAGGGCAAGGCUUUUUUGGAUCGCGGCACAACCAUCAUGCGCCAGGCCAUGGAGAUCCCGGAAUUGCGGGCUUACUCUGCGCAGUGGCAAGCGGCUCUGCAACAGUUUGUCAAGAAUCGGGGUCGCAUUUUGAAUAACGAGGUUCUCGAGGGAGGUCCACGACCUUCCUUUAAAAUAUUUUCAAAGCGGGUGUUUAGUGAAGGCGUGCGCCUCGGUUUUCAACGGGCGGGCCUGGAGCGCCAGCGCUACCUCAUGGCGUCAGCCACCAAGCCUCAAAUGGUGCAGGUUUUGCAUCUGAUGGAUGGGCCUAAACCGAGUUCGGGAGCCAAAAAAGAGCAUCUGGUCACAGCCAUGCUUGAGAAUUACUCGUCAAACCUUUUGGAACCGGAAAUUCUUUUUCAAAGCUUGCGACACGGCACCCCACAGGAAUAUCUCCUGGAGGUGGCGGCAGCACUGAGUUCAGAACAGCCCGGCCAUGAAGACAUGGAUUCUGCUGCCAGUUCCUCUAAAAGCUUUGAGGAAGAGGAUGAUGAUGAUGAGGAGGAUAUCCUUGAUCUAUUGGACGACCUCGACUCGCUCGACAAUCAAUCAGCUCGCAUGUGGUAUUAUCUUUUUCAGUCUUGCACCGAUGAGCAUGAGUCGCCCAUCUGCCUUGCCCUCCCGUCUGCGCCAGUCGAGGAUCAAGCCGCUGCAGAACCAGUCUCACCCAAUUCGCCGACGUCGCCGACUGAAGACAAAUUCCAGUGCCACAUCUGCUUCUCACAGGCCAUUGAUCAUCGUUCGUGUCCCUCAUGCACCUCCAUCUACUGUGGAGCCUGUCUCAACCGGUGGUACAGCAGCACCAAUAACCCCAGUUGUCCAAAUUGCCGUCGUCCACACAGCUAUGGAAUGUUCACUCACGAUACUGAAGUGCAAGCACUGCUGGACCUCCAACCGGCCACUUGUUCGUUUUGUCGGACCAGCUGCCCACUGGGCGAGCUGCGAGCCCACGAGAGUACCUGCUUGGAUGAAGUCGUCUCCUGCCCCUACAAGGGGUGUGCCCAUCAAGCCGCCCGCCGCAACCUCGAUAUGCACACCGUCGUGUGCCCCAUGGCCCCGCACAUGUCCAUGGACCAAGUGGUGGACGCGGUCAUGCGUCGUAGCGCGCAGGGUUGCGACGCGAUGCAGGCUUCCAUGUUCAGCCUCCUGGCCAACCAAGUCCGGGCGCUGAGCCAGGCCGCAGAAAGCGAUGCUGAAAAUGAGGAUACCCUCAUUCAUCACGUCACCACUCGGGAUACCCUGCCAGGGUUGGCCAUUCGCUACGAUUGCAAUGUGGAAGAUAUUACGCGUCUCAAUCGAAUUUUCACCAAUGUGGCUCUCUACGGGCGGCAGACCAUCAUCGUACCCAAGCCCAAAAAUUUCCAGCCCAAAAUGGAGGAGAACGUCUCGCUCGAGGUGCUGGUGGCAUUGCGCAAAAAGCAACUGACCCGCAAGCUCGCCUUCCACCAUCAGCUUUCCCAUGAAGAGGCACUUUCCUAUUUGCAUCUUACCAAGUUCAACUAUGAGCUGUCGGAGGUGCUGGUAGCUGAGGAUGAGCUGUGGACGCAACAGCACCGAUCAGAGCAACCCAAGUCGUUUGAUGCCUUUAUGGCCCGUUUGGAGCGUGGCGCAGGGUUUUGUGGUUUUUGUCGCAAGAACCUCUCUGACAAGCGGGCCCACUGUAGCCACUGCGGCACCAUUGUUUGCCACUCCUGCUCGCCCACAACGCUCAAGUCGAUUGAGAAGCGCUACUUUGGGGUUACAAACCCAAGCACGCAAAUGGAUCAGGUCAAUGUGUGCGGUGGUUGUCACCAAGAACUCUUAUCUGAGCCUGGCUCCUACGACCAAAACCAUGCCGUAAAGCUCAGCGGGGCUCAGGGUAGCCAGGGGUUUGAAUUUUGA